GAGUUAUUUACUAUUAGCCCCCAACCGCCAGCUCAUGUCAUCUCAUUCUCAUGGUCUGCUGCAUCACGAAAAUACCCAAGCCUGCUUGUCCCACACAUCCAUUAUUACUACUAUGUAUUUGCUCUGUCCUGUCAGGCUGUCCUGUCCAGCUGUCAACCGCCGGAUGGCUGUUUCUAUGAUAACCACACUCACUGCCUAUCAGUUGGCGCCGUCUCUCGCCGCCAACCAAGAGCAGCCGCAUUGUUGAAGAUGAUCACUUGCGGUGGUGGUGGCUCCUGAUUAUGUGCGGGGAUUAUGUGCGGCGGGGCCCCCCCGGGGGGGGGGGGGGUGUGAAGGGAGGAAAGCGGUCCUUCUUCACCUCACAUGGCUGCUUGUUGCUUGUUGCUUGUUGCCGCCAGACAGACAGAAAUAGAUAAAUAAUCUACGCUGUUGGACUCUUUCCAACAUGACCUCGUUGUCCUGGCCUGUUUUGUGUUCUUUCACUCGUUGUCCACCGCUACUUCAAGAACUAUUAAGUUGAUAUCUUCCUCACCUGUGCUCAUUCCUUGGUCGGAUAGUUCACUACUUCGAAAUCGAAAACGUUACUUGACUUCACUUGUUCACUCACUCCGCGUCUACUAACUAACUAACUAGAUCCCUCUGUGCCUCCUCUGCUAUUCACUGCUACUACUAUGCUUCCUACUCAGGCGCGGCGUAAGAAAGAAACGCCACAAGAACAAGAAACUCGGUCCAAAGGCAACUUCGAUCGUGUCGAGAAUACCCUUUCCAUUCGCGCUCCCCUGCAUUUAACACCUCUCUUAGGAAUCGUUGCUUCGUUGCUGGGACGAGGAAACCCUCUAGUUCAACCUGCGAACCCUGAGCAGCACAGGGUAUGGCUCCUAGAUAACACCGCCUACAGAUCGCCGGGCGGCAGAUUCCACAACAGAAAUCAGCCGUGGCAGGUGGAGAUAGUCGCAUGCAUCUUCAUCAAGCGCGGUCGUGAGGAGGUUGGCAAGUUCGUCGCGACUAUAGCGGACGCCAUCGGGCUAGAUGGGGACUUUGGGCUGAAUAAAAAAGAAGUUCGCGAGCGCAUGACUGAGCGAGUACAGCCGUUUGUUGAUUCUAUAGCCCCAGCCCGCUCCAUAAGCCUGGAUAUACCACUCACGCGCCACACUAUCGUCAAACGGAAGCUAAACCCGUCCAAUAGCCACGGUAUCAUCUCCCAGAUAGUCCGGAUCGGCGGGUCUGACAUCGUCGAUGGAACUGUUACCCACCCCUCAUUAAGACACUGGGACCACAAGGUGUCGAUGGAUACCGAAUUUGCCUCCUCGACCGGCUGGCUGAUGAUCUCCGACGUCGACGACACCGUCAAGUACACCCAGACCAGCGACGCCAUCGGCAUCCUGCGCACCACCUUUGUGGAGGAACCACGCUCCAUCACCGGCAUGCCCCGUCUCUACAAAUAUAUCGAGAAAGAACUCAAGCCCACCUGGUUCUACCUCUCCGCGUCACCAUACAAUCUAUACCCAUUCCUCCGAUCCUUCCUCCGCGAAGAGUACCCACACGGCACGCUUAUCCUACGCGAUAAAUCCUGGAUGGACCUCAGCGGGCUCCUGAAAUCCUUCACGAAGGGGACACAGGCGUACAAAGUCGACCGCAUGGAGAAGCUGUACCGCUGGUUCCCGAAACGGAAGGUCAUCUGCAUCGGCGACUCAACGCAAAGCGACCCGGAGGCGUAUGCGGAGAUCUACCACAGGCAUAAAGAGUGGGUGCGCGCCAUAUAUAUCCGGCGAGUCAUGGAUGUGGGGAACAUGGAGGAGAAGAAUAAGGAGAAGCGCUUUCUAAAGGCGUUUGAGGGCGUGCCUGAUGAUGUGUGGAGGGUUUUUAACGAUCCGGAGCAUCUCUAUAAGGAGGUUGAUAUGUUGCAGCGGGGAGAGUAAAUGGGGGUUAGGUAGCUGGCUGGUUUGUUCUUCGGCUUCUUUUUUUUUUUUCCGGCUCU